AUGGCUCCAUCAGUGCUGCUGCUUCCCACUGCCACAGGGUUUCUCUUCUCGUCUCCCAGGAGCGACAGAAGCGUUCAUCCUCUCCUCAGGAACCCCUUCGUGGCCCCUCUGGAGGUUGGGACAUCGUUCAAUGGUGCCGCCCUGAGAGGAUCUGGCUUCUCCAGGAACACGAAGCGGGAAUCCCCCGUCCGCUCCUCCCUGGUGGAGGGCCCGGUGCUGUGGGCCAGCCGCCUCUGCGUGUUCUACGCCCUCCUCAAGGCCGGCCUCGCCGGAUCCCCCUCCAGUCCAUUAUCCCCUUCUGGUUCGUCGAUCUUCAACAUGUUUGAAUACCUAAUCCCCUGCAUUCUUUUUAUUUUUAUUUUUAUCUGUGUGUCGCAUCUGAUCGGUUGCCCCGUUUCUCCCCUCCUUUUUUCUGUGUUUUCCAAGGUUCUGGGGUCAGGAGUGAUGAUCUCGGAUUCUCCAAAUGGCUGGAGGGCUGGCGAGGAGGAUCAGGUCUCUUCUUCUUCUUCUUUCUCCCUCUUGGCUUCCGAUUCCCCGAAUUCCUGUGGGAAUCGACAUUGAUCCGAGCGAUCUGGCUCACCAAACUGGAAUGAGUUCUUCAGAUGUGGAAACAUCCAUAGGUCGCCCUAUAGGGUUUUGUUGACCUGCAAACUGUUUGUGAAAAUGCCCACCUGAGGACACCAACUCCACAGGACAGAUUCUAUGUUUUCCAUGAAUUAGGAUUCUGAUCAGACUUGGCUGCGUGAUUCCCAGAGGACAAGGAAGCCGUGGACAGGAGGAAGUUGGUCAGCAAGUGGCAUCCCACCACGAAGGGCACCCUCAAGAGGAGCUACCGGGUUCCUUCCAAGACCGAAGGCAAGCGCCUUCUCAAGGCCAUCGCCUCCUUGCUCUCCGACGACGACCAGUUUAUAGACGCCACCUCUCAUAAGGUAACUCCUCUCCCUCUCUCUCUGUGUCCCAGCCCAGGAGAGGGAAAGUAAUAGCUUCUUCCUGGCUGGCUUCUUCGAAGCUCAGAGGUUUCUUCCACAGCUAGAGAGAAAUAAACAGUGGUCCAGCAACAGCUAGAGAGAAACCAUCAUUUGAAUUACCUUGUCUUCUUUCGCUACUCAGUAAGGGAUCCAGCAGGAGCUUCACCACCGUCUCCUCCAAGAGCAAUCAGAGAGAAUAUCUCCCCUUCGGUGCUUCCUUCCAGCUGCUCUCACUCAUUACUGAUAUGGUCAGAGUGGGUUCUCCGAUUCGUGCCGCCAUUCCCACCCUGAAUAUUUAUAUAUCUCUCUCUCUCUCUGGUCUUCUUCAUUCUCGAUUACGCCCUCUCUCUCCAUGCUUCUUCUCGAUUUGGCUUCUGUGCGCUUAAUGAGGAAGGUGGGUUCUCCGAUUCCUGCCGCCAUUACUAGAAUCCUAAAGUUCUGAGAGCUGGGGUUGGCUUCUCCUGUCUUCCAUCUUCCUCUAGAUGAACUCUGAUCUUAGGAGGGGCCUCUACGGCUUUGCAGGGUUGCCAGAUAAGGAGGGAGAGCGCCCAUGGCGAGAGCGUCUGCUGCAACAAUGUCAGAGCCCUCUUUGAUGAGCUCCCCACUCCGCACCUGGUUCUGGAGAUCACGCCGUUCCCCGCCGGCCCCCUCGCCGACAAGGACUAUGCUAAGGCCGAGAAGCUCGAGAAGGUCCUCAGGUCCGGCUCCUCUAUCUGA